AUGGUGAGUGAGGGAGGUGGUUCGGAGCCAGCUAUCAGGGUUAGAGUUAGAGUUAAAGCGGCCUGGAACAAGUGGAGGGAACUAUCUGGUGUGAUCAAUGACAAACGGAUGCCAAGAAAGAUAAAAGUCAAGUUGUACGAAACAGUGGUAAGACUAGUCAUAGUGCACGGCUUGGAAACAUGUGCGUUGACAAAGGAAGAAAGGUUGCUCGUAUCAACUGAAAUGGGGAUGCUGCGAAGGAUUAUGGCCGUUACGCUACGCGACCGGAAAAGGAGCGAUGGCACCCGGAAAGAACUGAAAGUAUGUAACAUUAUAGAAGGGAUCAGGGAGAGUACGUUGCGAUGGUUUGGACAUCUUGAAAGAGCUCAGAACGGGCAGCCAGCUAAGGACAUCACGAACUUGACAGUGGAAGUCUAUAGAGGACAACAUCAAGAGGGACUUGCGGGAGCUGAAUCUGACUACGGAACUUGUUGGGAAUAG